AUGGCCCCUUUACUUGAUGGUCAUGUAGAAACAUCAAAUGAGAUUAGGACAGUUAAUACCAUUAUAAGAAAGCUUAAGGAGAACGAGCAACAGGUAUUAAGGGCAGACAAACGAGAAGCAGUAGUAGUCACGGUUCAGAAUGAUUAUGUAGAGAAAUGUUUAGAGGCAUUAGAUGAUGAUACAACAUAUAAGACUAGAAUUAGUGACCCAACAGAGGACCUUAAGGUCAGACUUAAGGGUCUUCUGCAACAAUGUCUAAACAGUGGAGAACUGGAAAAGUGGAAAAUGAAUGCACUUCUCCAGCGAGAUGCUACAGCCCCAAAUGCGUAUGGCCUGCCCAAAAUCUAUAAGCAAGGUACUCCACUUUAG